AUGUCCGUCAACGGUGCUAGCACUGGCAAGGCUUCGGUCCAGGAGCCAUCUUCAUCUCGCCCUCACGGCCUCGUGAAUGUCCAGCCUGCCCGCUUGGGCGACUUGCAGCCUCGCUAUGCUGCAACAAUCCAGCACGAUGAUGAUAACCCUGAUGCGCACAGCUGGUACGCGAAACUGAUGCACAGCUUGGGAGAAUGUAUCGGUUUCUGCGGUGCCAUUCCCUGCUGUAUCUGCUGCCCCAACCCCUUCAAGCCCGUCGACCAGGGUCAGGUCGGUCUCGUAUCUCGAUUUGGACGCUUCGAACGCUCGGUCGACCCCGGUCUUGUCAAGGUCAACCCACUCAGCGAGCACCUCCUCACCGUCGACGUCAAGAUCCAAAUCGUCGAAGUCCCCCGUCAAGUUUGCAUGACCAAGGACAACGUGACCCUCAACCUGACCUCCGUCAUCUACUACCAAGUCACCUCCCCACACAUCGCCGCCUUCGGCAUCUCCAACGUGAAGCAGGCCCUCGUCGAGCGCACCCAGACCACCCUGCGCCACGUCAUCGGUGCUCGCGUCCUGCAGGACGUCAUCGAGCGCCGCGAGGAGAUCGCCCAGUCUACGGCCGAGAUCAUCGAGGAAGUCGCCUCGGGCUGGGGUGUCCAGGUCGAGUCCAUGCUCAUCAAGGACAUUAUCUUCAGCAACGACUUGCAGGAUUCGCUCUCCAUGGCUGCUCAGUCUAAGCGAAUCGGUGAGAGCAAGGUCAUCGCCGCCCGCGCCGAGGUCGAGUCCGCCAAGUUGAUGCGCCAGGCUGCCGAUAUCUUGUCCUCGGCGCCUGCUAUGCAGAUCCGUUAUCUCGAGGCUAUGCAGGCGAUGGCCAAGACUGCCAAUAGCAAGGUCAUCUUCCUGCCGGCUGUGAACCAGACUAUGCAGCAGCAGCUUGCUGCGGCGGAUAAUGCGGGCGAGGGCCCGAGCAACUACGGUGCUACGGACAACCACCAAGACGAUGGUUUCCAGCGCGCGAUCAACGCUCGCGUCGUCGAGGACAUUUAA